UAUAAAUUAUUCACGAUCUGAUUAAGAAUUUAAUCACGACUAUCUAAAUUUCCAACUCUUAAUCAAAGGGCUUUAAAGGAAUCAAGACAGAUUAUAGAAAUUAUCUCCGCGAAUGAUAUAAAAUUCCGACUGCAGGUAAUUACUGGCGUCUCACUCUGGCUUAAAGCUGAAAAACAAGGAGGUUUCACAAGUGAGCUGAAAAUAAUUUUACAUUCUCCCAUUUCUUAUUUUCACAGAUGGCUUCGAUGACGAUGAUAACGGUGGCGUUCUUGCUUGUGUUAAUGUUGGUCUUGAGCGAAUGUCGGCAUCGCAAGCUUGGUAGACCUGCCAGACCCCCGCGUCACCGCUAUGCCAUUGCAAAGAAAGGCCGUAAGUAAUGUUACAAUCUUGUCUCAAAAUGGUUUUAAUCUUUGAAAAGGUGAAUAUUUCGAUCUUGAGUUACCCAUGAUCAUGUGACUUAGGCAAGUGUACCCGGUAGCUAUCUGUUUUAAGGUACAUGUAUACAUUUCGUUAAAUCUCAGAAAAAAGCAAUUUCAUCUUUUUUUUUUUUUUGCCUUUUCAUAAUUUCAUGAGAUAAUUUUUUUCGCAUUUUAAACAGUUUUUAUCACAAGGUUUAGUAAGUACCUUCCCCAAGGCCCAGAAAAGUCAUCUAAAAAGUCGGAAAGGUUUCUUUGGUGGUUUCCCAGUUCAGAGAAUACCUACGCAAAAUUUAGAAAUUUUAGCGAGCAUAAAUCAUGACCUGAAUUGAACUAACAAAUUUCCCCUCUUAAGAACCUGCGCUUUAAUUUAUCAAAUCCAUCAUAUCUUAUGACAAAAAUAUUGUAACAAUCAAAUCUCCUAACAUUGUGGGACUAUAUUGAUAAUCUCCAUUACAUAGUCUCGCACAGAAACCGCUUUGGCAGUCAACAAUACCCUUGAUUCCGUAAUUGGUUGCUUAAGACUAACAUGAUGAUGUGCAUGUCUUAUUACAGAAUUACGAUUAGCUGAUCGCGAUACAAUUAUUAGAAAUUUAAAAAAAAUUAUGUUUAGCCACUUUAUAUUUGAACUUGCACAUAGGCUUAAGUUUAAGUCACCAUAGUAACAUCUCAAAGGCGAGUGAUCGUCAUAACUCGUUCCCCCAAAGAUGUUAGAUUAAUUCUGUUACGCCAAUUAACAAUUCUAUCGAAUUUAUUUUAAGGACCUGUAGUAAUUCAUUCAAGCAAGGUGCAGUCAAUGCUGAUAAUAUUUGGUUUUAAUCAUUUCCUUAGUUAUCUGGGAACUUUUGAAACAGAGAUAUAUGAGCAAUAAUUUUUUCAACGGUUUCUUGUGCGAUAUCUUCUCCAGUGAAUCUUAUGUGGAUUUGAAUGUUUUCAACGACUUUCUUUUCAUCUUUUAGUAUGCCCCAUGGGAGGAGGAGAUAAAAACGCCGGAUGUAACCAUUGGGAAAAGCAAGGAUACUGUAAUCAAGGGCACCUCUACUAUGAUUUUGUGUCGACCAACUGUCCUGCCUCCUGCGGCAUUUGUCAAGGUUUGUAUGGGGAUCAUUUUAACAGAGCUAAUUUUUUAUUAGAUAAAGCCAAUUUUAAAUGUGUGUCGUAGCAACCAAUCAAAAGAAGUCGGCCUAUCGAAAGAGAAAAAAAAUAUCCUAGUAUGCAUAUUCUCCAUAGUGUUCUCUGUAUAUUUCCUAAGGUGCUGACAAUGAGAUUUGUUUUUACAAUCAAUAGCUGCUUUUGUUGCUGAUCGUUCUCUUUAUUCUCAUGACCUUAAUGUUUGAAUCAGGAGUGAUGCUGUAAGGAGAAAAUAGAUGCUACUCACUCUUAGAGGUUAAAGGGUCUUCUUCUAGGCUAUCUUAAGCUCAAGAAUUAAUGCUAUAGGGAGCUGUUCAUCCAAGUUUAGAGUGAUUUAAGACCUGAAUAAUGAUCGCUUUGGUAAGUUAGUGAAUACGUGUUUCACAAACCAACACAAAAAUUGAAGAAGAAGAAGAAAAAAAAAAAUGGAAGACAAGUAGUGGUUGUAGUAGGAAAAAUAACAGUAGAAGUAAAUAAGAACAUUUCUGUGUUUUAAAAUAAAAUAAAAUAAAAAUAUAAGCUUGUCUUGUUCAUAAGGUUCGUACAAUUGGUGGAAAUUUAAACUGAAAUUAUUUGAUUGUUCUGUUCUGUCCGGAUUUUCAGGCGUGACAGUUGAUUCAGGCUCCACCCUCAUCAACUAUCACGCAAUAGAACUGUCGAUCACUCAAUAAAGUUUGCAUAAUCUUUAUCAUCUUUUUUCUCAUUUCAGCUCGUCCUACUCCACCUCCAAGGCCCCGACCUGUGAGAGGUAGUGAUCAAAUAAUGUUUUCAAUGAUUAUUUCAGUUUACUCUUUGGUUAAAAACCUAUUCGAUCCUUCCAUCUUCAUCAACAGUGAACCUCAAAGAGUGUCUGGAAGCCCAUAACUUGGCACGUGCUCUGCACGGGGCUAGACCGCUGACAUGGAACAGGACACUGGCCCGGAGUGCUCAAGCUUGGGCCCUGGACCUUGCAAAGCGGAAUAAAUUCGAGCAUUCGCGUGUAAGAGGAGAGGGAGAAAACCUUUACUACUCAAUGGGUAGCAGCGAAAAGACAGCAACAUGCAAAGACGCUCUUGAUGCCUGGUAACCUAUUUAAUUCAAAUUAGUAUGAGGAAUUGCGGAAAUGUUUUUACUUAUUACUAAAACAGAAUGUAGAACUUGCCCAUGACACAUUGUACAAAUUCUGCAAAUUUAGAGACGCUGGUUCACGCAAGCAGUAUGGUAAUAUGGUGAUGUAUUCUUUUAAAUUGGCACAUGCGCACUAUCUGUAAUAUGUAUACAUGCCUGGGUUGACUUACGUUGCAAGACCGUCUUUUUGUCUUGAAAGAUAAUUUCUGUCAAUUUUUGAUCUCUGCAUUAAUGUUUUCAUUCCUGUAUUUUUAUUUCCUAGGUAUGGAGAAGUUUCUGAUUAUCCUUUCUCAAAUCCCCCGAAAUCUAUUUUUGACGUACCUGGUGUUCAAAUUGGACAUUUUACACAGGUGUGGAUCAUUGAAUUUUUCCUGACUUAAAAAGUUGCCAUAGCAACGACGUAACCUAUUUGUUAAGAGUAUCAGUUGAGUGCUUUAAUUUUUUGUUACUAGUCAACCCUUUACACCCCAACAUUGCUAUACAUAUUCUCCAUUCUGUUCUCUAUACAUCUCCUAAGGAGCUGAUAAGGAGAAUUUGUUUAACAAUCAAGAGCUUCUUUAGUUGAUGAUUAUUUCCAUUAUUCUCGUGACCUUAACGUGUGAUUCAGGGUGAUAUUGUAAGGAGAAAUUAGAUGUUAGUCACUCUUAGGAAUCAAAGGGUUACGAGAUGAAUAAAGAGAGGAAUAUUAUGAACAUAAAUCAUAACUAGAGAAUAGAGAAUAUAGUAAGGGGGGUUUAGAAUGUUCAAGUCUGCUACCAGGGGCAACAGUUCGCAGACCGCUUUAGCUUGUACUUUCUAAACCCCAAACCACUUUCGUUUGGGAUAUUCCUACACAUUCGCAAAAAACUUUGGGACGUAAACCGUAGAUACAUGCGAAAGUAUCGCCAACUAAGCCUUCAUAAGGAGCGUAAACCGCAAGAAAAUUUUGGACUCUUACAUCAAUCCUUUACAUUCUGACAUCAGUAUGCAUAUUCUCCAUACUGUUCUCUAUACAUUACCUUUGGUACUGACGAGAAGAAUUUGUUCAACAAUCAAAGCUUCUUGGGUUGGUGAUCAUUUCCUUUAUUCUCGUGAUCUUAGUCAAUGAUCCAGCUGUAUCAUUUUAAAGAGAAAUUACAUGCUGGUCACUCUUAGAGUUCUUAAGGGUUAACAAGAAAAGCACGGUUUGUUCCCAACAGGUGGUAUGGAAGUCUACUAGGCAGCUGGGUGUCGGCAUUGCCACUAUAAAGCGCGGAUUCUGGACUAAGACCUACGUUGUGGCUCGUUACACGCCCCCAGGAAACUAUUGGGGAAGGUUCAAGCAAGAAGUGGGGGAUAUCACUGUUUUGUAGUGAGAGG